AGACACGGCUCUCGCGUUAUUAUUCUCUGGGCUGUAAUAAGUAACCAAAGAGAGAGAAAAAUAAUAAUCUCUUGAACUCUCUGGCGGCUUCAAUGGAAGAUUACGGCAGUCAACGACCGUACGGAGGGAUGCAGAUCCAGCCUUACAACGGUAACGGUGAUUUCAGGAGCUACAGCGCUUCUUACGGGACGGCGACGGAGAACAACAUGUACGAUGUGAAGAAGGGAAAAUCAAUAGGGAGGUCGAAGUCGUUGGGGAUAAUAACGGACCCGGAGCUGCAGCGGAAGAAAAGAGUGGCGAGUUACAAGAUGUAUAGUGUUGAAGGCAAAGUCAAAGGCUCUUUUCGAAAAAGCUUCAGAUGGCUUAAGCAUAAGUACACACAGGUCGUCUAUGGCUGGUGGUGAACUUUCUUUUUUUGUUUUUGUUUUCUUCUUCUGAUAGCUUUGAUUUUAUUUUGAUUUCCUCAAGUAAUUAAUUAUGUCUGUGUUCUCUUAUAUAUCUCUA